UUCGACUCUCUCCACGAUCCCCUCCCCUCCCACCCCACCUCGCCGAGCCUCGAUCUGGCCGGAUCUUGCCAAUGCACACACGGAUCCGGCCUAACCAUCCUGCAGCUGUGGUGGCGGGCCACCAGGACGGCGGCGGGAACCACCAACCCAUCUUGAGACCUCAACGACGGCGGGUACCAAGAACCGAUGCUGCAGCAACCGCGCGCGUCACAAGGAGGGUGGGUGUGGUUGCUACCGGAGUAGUGAAUGCUGCGCUUGGCGCUGGACCAACAGUGGCUGGGUGGGCCGCGACGCUUGAUUGGGUCGUUUCCAACUGCCCCGGCAUCGAUGGCGACGAGAUGGUGCACCGACCAACAUGGCCAUUCACGUGCAAGGACCCCAUGAAUCUCGUGUACGCGACCAAGAUGGAACAUGCACAUUAAUUCGUUGACAAGUUUGGUCCAGACAAUAUGGAACAUGGAGGGUGUCUUGUCCUGAGACCUGAGCCAUUCACAUGUAUCGUAACGCUUUCCCUUACCUUUGGUGCAUCAUGCAAAUGUAUAUCUUUUUUCUAAUUCCCCAUCUGCUAAUGAGUUACCUAAAGCUGAAUCUAUAUUGAAUACUCAAUUACUUUAAUAACUUGGUCAAUACAUGAUGUGCACCUAGAAAAUUGUAGCUACACAUUGGAAUUUAAAAUUUUAUUUCAGGGUGGCAUUUGUAUUCUUUAUCUAGAAAUAAUACUUGCUUUUUAACCUCUAUUGUACUAUCAUGAUAGUCGUUGUUAAGCUACAAUGAGAACAUUUCGUCCAACCUUUGUCCUAUAGUGGGUGGUUGUCUUAUGGAAAAUACCUCGGUACUGUACUUUCUUGUGAAAAAAUACCUGUGUACUGUACUAUCAUGACACUUUGGUUGUCUUAUCAUAAUUGUAGUUGUUUCCUUCUUAUUAUAGUAUAUGCGUCUUACAACAAAGAUUUUUCAAUUCAAUUGCUAUGUGGUCUACGUGUUCUUCUCAUGUGUGAUAUUUCUUAA